CACAGUGCAGCGCACUGACUGGAUAAUCUCUUUCAACACAUGUCCCAGUCUCGCAUGCCUUCAACCUUCCAGCAAGCUGUUCCAACACAUCGCCAGCAGGUCAUGAUAUAGCACACGUUUUCCUUUUCUUUUCUAUUCAAUUUCUGUCAACCAUCAGCCAACUUGCCCCCUUCUUCCGGCCAUCCCGCAUCAUCCGCACAACAUACGUAGCGUCGUCAUCGUUUGCUCUACCAACGCGUUCCGUCCCAGGCAGUACCAGCAUUAAUACACCACCAUGUCGCUCCCAUCCAACUCCUCAGUCGCGUCAAGCCUUGCGACAAUUGACGAAAAGUACGAUAUGGGUUCCUCGCGCAACGAUGAUAUGCUGGUUCGCGACUUUGGUUGGCCCUCAGUCUCUCCACGCUACCACGGUGACCACACACCCGAGAGCAACCCAGAUUGGGAUCACAACCCGCUCGAAUGUGAAAAGGCAAAGCAAGAGGCUUUUGAGAAGAUGGAAAGAAGCUACGCUUUGUACAUGGCGAACCUAGGGAAAAAAGUGCCUGGGCAGAAGAAGAAGACAUCUUGGUCCAGGUUCCUACCUUGGGUGCGAUAGAGAUGGGCGGCCUGGCGAGGGUGCGCCUGCUUGUUGUGAUGUUUGAAAAAUAUGGAUACCCGUUUGGCCGACCGAUACAUAUACACUGCAAGGGACAGCCAUUGUUAUAUGAAAAGAGAAUGUAAAACUUAAUAACCGAGUAGGAGUGGGGACUGGGGCAGAGGGGCAGUGGUGCACUACCUCAACCCCAGCUAUGGUUUGGAGGCUGCUCGGCCUUGCAGUAUGAGGGAGCAUACUGAGCCAAGGAAGACGCGGGGUUGGAGCGCACCUUUGGCUUGUCUGGAAGCCAUUUUUGAUACCCUAUUUCUUUGUCAUUUCGUAUGUUUCGCAGAGUCUUUGCGCGUCGUCGUUUCGCAGUCUUUUGAGCGCAUGUUGUUCUUGUAUACCUCCGAUUUAGAUGUGUUCUUUCUGCAAUGGCACUCGCGCCACAUAAUUCUAUGUAGUACACAAUAUAUGAAUGGACCGUUCC